UUUCACCGCAAGGCGCCAUUUUGGAAAUAGAAAGUUGGCGAGCGUUGCUUUGAAAAUUACAAGUGCGAUAAAAAUCGCUUCUGAAUAACCGAAAUGCCAAGAUCUUAUGCAAAGAAAGGGGGCUUAAAUAAUACAAGGGGUUCACCCGAUGAAAACGAGGAAUCAAAUUGUGUUAUAUGUCUGGAUCGAGUCCGUUGUCGAGGAAAAUUGAGCGUUUGUAAUCACUGGUUUUGUUUUCCAUGUAUUUUUGAAUGGUCCAAGAAUACAAAUACUUGCCCUAUCUGUAAAGCGCGAUUUCGUUGCAUCUCAAAGUUGCACUUCAGUCCGCUCAAGUCUCCACCUUCUAAAACACGUGUGCCGGAUAAGGAUCAAAGAGUCUGGAAUGAUGAUGAGGAUUUUGCAGUUGAGGACAUCUAUGAUAUCCAAAAUGAUCUAUGGGACGACAUGGAUGAUGACUAUGAGCCCCCUAUAGCUGUUAACAAUCCAUGGACCCCUGGGCACACAAGCAGACAUAUGAGACUGCGAAGUAGGCGCAACCAAGGCAUCCCUUCUGAUGACUAUUAUGACUUAGCGGACCCAUUUAUUGACGACUCUGAUCUAAUGCAUGGUGACUUCUCAAGGGCACAGCGACUGCUGUUACAGGAUGCAACUUACGUAGACAGCGACGACGAGGAACGUGUACUUAGAUCCAGGCGAAGCCCAUACCCUCUCCGUCAGAACAGGCAUAGGGGGAAUGGGGCACACCAAACCCAAACAUAUUUGAGUCUUCGAACCCUGCAUGAGUCAGAUGAUGAAAGCGAUGAUCUGCAAAGUGGAGACUCUGAUGUCAGCGAGGAUGAGAAUGAUUAUGCCUCGGAAAGCUCAGAUCAGCUAGAGCGGCAACCUUCCAGCCCCUCCCAUUCCAGAAGCUCUGGUGGUAGACAGCAUGCUUGUCGAACACAGACCAGGCAAGCAACCGGCAGAUUACAGUCUAGGGCUAGCGGUAUGGAAGCCAAUACACACUCCAGCAGGACUAGCGGAAUGGAAGCCAAUACACAUUCCAGUGCACCGAGUUCUCCAAGGAAUAGAAGCACAAGACCUAGGCCUGCAACAGCUGCUUCUCAGAGAGAGCGUUCUCCCUCUCUCAGCCCUGUAAGAAGAAGCAGGAGGACGAGGCGGAGAAAUAGAGAGACGGAUGCUCGUCGGAUAGAGAGGUUGACUCAAGCAAGUCAGAUCGCACAAAAUAUGGCAGAGACUGGUUCCUCUGGAUGGAUAACAACAGGCAGACAGUCCGCUGUACGCACUGCCGCCAGAUCAGCAGCACAAGCCAUCGCGGCCAUGCUUACUGAUCAGUCCAGUGAAAGCCCUUGUCCUGAGAAGGCAGCGAAAUCUGCAUCCGACCAACGGCAAACCCGUACCAGACUUACUUACGAGGUUACAACUAGAUCAAAGACAAAGGCAAGACACAGUCAGUCAAACCAGGCUUGCGGUCGAGCAUCUACCUCAGCAACGUUUGGCGUAGUGGUGGACACUUUGUUGACAUCUGAUGAGGAUGAUGUUGGAGAUGGAGAGAAUGUGGAACAAGGGAAGGGAGAUGAAGGAUUUAGAGAGCCCAGAAGUUCCUUUCUCUCUCGGUCUGGAGCUGGUGGCGGCUGUAGAAAGAGGAAUAUAGGUAGUAAAAGGACUGCCCUAGCUCGCACCGUCAGACAAAGACUGAAUCCCGCGACUGGGAUGAAGUUUAGGGCGUCUUUGGCGGCCCAGCAGGACUCUACAUCAGAUAGCUCAUCAGAAGACGAUCUUAUAAUGGACGAAAAAGACCACCCCCAGGGCAAAGCAAGGUCUUUAUCAGAUAAACAAAAAUGUAAAAAUACGACGGGUAAUUACUAUGGUCAAGACAAGCCAUCACAAAGCCAAACACGUCAAUCACGAAAAUACGUCAUACUAUCCGACUACUCUGAUGACGAACCGAUGAGAGAAUCCGGCGCCCAGGGUGAAAUUGGUUAUCCAAGAGACUCCAACAGCCUGGACGAUGUGGAGGUCAGCGCUGGUGCCAAGCAAAUGGAUGCUCAGAAAGGCAAAGCAGCGUCUACAAGGACUUGCAUUCAGGACUGGAAUAGGAGGAAACCCAAUGUCUACGUUAAAGAUGACAUUGGGGGCUUGAGUGAUGAUUAUACCGGGGAGGGUAUUGGCGAUAUCAUCCCAACCACUCCCCAAGUAGCGAACAAACGUUCAGUGAUAACUAGACGGCGACACAGACCAAUCGAGGGUUCCUCCAGUGAACCCGACACGCCCGCCUCGUCUUGCACGUCUUCCUGCAGCAAGGCAAUCAAAGCACUCCCCUUAGCUGACGUUACCAACAAGGCACAAACGAGUAGGCGGCAACCGUCGCUUAGGAGUCCCGGAUGUAAACGAUUACGAGUUAAAUAAGUAUACGCCACUCUGCCUAUCGGGAGGUAAACUGGCCCGUAGCCGGGGGGGGGGCUUGGGCUAGGGCUAAGGGCGAUCUGCCUGAAAAUUGUCCGCUGAAUGAAUAAACGAAACUCCCACCCAACCCCCCGCUCAAAAUCCUGGCUACAGGCCUGGUAAACCAAAAAACUAAAAAAUAAAGCAUUGCUAGAUUUUGAUGAAUCUGAUUGAUUAGUGGAAAGUCUGAUCACCGAUAGCAAUUUUGGUAUAUCAGAUUCAUCAGUUCCAAUUAGUGCGUUAGUAGUCUAGUCAUGAUUUAUAAUAGAUCAUAAACACUGAAGUCUCUAAUCAAUAGUACAAUUAGAAAAAGAAACUACGAUAUGAUAUAGGGUAUAAUAUGGUGGGGGUCACCGUUAUCUUACCAUGGCUCUUCAAGUCGACCGUACAGCUGUAAUACAAGAAAUUGUGAAUAUGUGUUAACGAAGAAGCCUUGCUGUUUGUAUCCUCGCGUCCGCAUAGUAUUCAUGCAGAUCCGUACAAGUGGUGCGUGUGUAUAUUUCCACUUUUGCACUUCGUUACACAAAAGCUGAUUAUAACGAUAGCAGUGCAAGUGUCUCACGGGUGGUUGUCGCCUCCUGGAAUGAACUGGGCUAGUGCAUGAUAGUUGUCGCCUCCUGGCAUAAACUGGACUAGUGCGUGAUGGUUGUCGCCUUCUAAAACGAACUGGACUAGUGCGUGAUGGUUGUCGCCUCCUGGCAUGAACUGGACUAGUGCGUGAUGGUUGUCUCCUGGCAUGAACUGAGCUUGUGCAUGAUGGUUGCCGCCUCCUGGCAUAAACUGGACUAGUGUGUGAUGGUUGUCGCCUCCUGGAAUGAACUGGACUAGUGCUUGAUGGUUGUCGCCUCCUGGCAUAAACUGGACUAGCGCGUGAUGGUUGUCGCCUCCUGGAAUGAACUGGACUAGUGCGUGAUGGCUGGUGCCUCCAUGCAUGAGCUGGGCUGGAGGGUGAUGGUUGUCGCCCCCAGGCAUGAACUGAGCUGGUGUGUGAUGGUUGUCGCCCACAGGCAUGAACUGAGCUGGUGUGUGAUGGUUUGAGGAAUCGUGUACAAGUGUGACACUGCCCGGUAUUUCAAAACAGCUCUUGUGAAACCCAGCGCAAUAGUGGAAAUAUUGCCCACUAUUGUCUUUUCAGCUAUUCCCAUGUCCACCUGUUAGUGAUGAUUGCCGUAUUUUUGGGGUAUCUUUUAGGGUAGCAAUCUUUGAUGUACAGGUUGUUUAGGGCUAUUUUUCUGAUUCCCGACGAGCAUUCCUUUAACACUAAAGAACCAUGCUGUUGCGCUGCCGUUUGUUGUUGUUGUUGUAGUUGAUUUCUAUUGUUUGUGGUGUUUGGUUUCUAGUGCAGCUGGGUGCUUGGUCUGAUAAUAGCGUUGGUAAGCGUCUGUCUGUCUGUCUGUCUGUAGAUGUAAAAAUGACUACCAGAAAAUAAGGAUUACCCUUAACACAAGAUAGUAUAGCUAAAAAAAAGGAUCUCUAGUGCACAAAAAUACGGGUCUCUAACGUCACAAUUAUGACGUCAUCAUCCUGGUUAUCUCGAGUCCAAUACUAUAUAUACUUUAAUAUAUUAGUGCGUAAUAUUUUCAUAUGAUUUUUUUAAUGACAUUGAUAAAAUAAAGUUCACAAACAUUGAAUUUUAA